AUGGAACCAACCGCCAAGAAGAACACCGUUUCCGAGUUCAGCUACAUGCUGCAGCGACAAGGUAGCGACGAUUCGGCUGAAGUGAACGCUUUCGAUGACAUCAACUCAUUGGUGAAGCGUGAUGCAAACCAAGGAAAAGCUACCGAGACCUUAUCAUCGCUACCGCAGGCUUCCUUCAACUACAUCAAUUCCAUCGUCGGUAGCGGCGUCAUCGGUAUCCCGUACGCACUCCAUCGGGCAGGAUUUGGGCUAGGACUUUUCCUGCUAGUAAUCGUAGCAGUUAUAACGGACUAUUCGUUAAUAUUAAUGGUACGAUGUGGACACCUGAGUGGAAGAUUCAGCUACCCCGGCGUGAUGGAGGCCGCAUACGGCAAGGGUGGAUACUAUCUGCUAUCGCUGCUGCAAUUUAUGUAUCCUUUUUUAGCGAUGAUAUCGUACAACGUCGUGGUGGGCGACACACUUUCAAAGGUGCUGGUGCGCUUCGUACCGUCGUGGGGCAGCUCGAUGGGUAUGGUGCGGUUCGGUGUGGUGCUCGUCGUGACCAUUUUCGUCAUCAUACCGCUGUGUCUCUACAAGAACGUGUCCCGGCUGGCGAAGGCAAGCUUUCUCAGCCUCGCCUGUGUGGUGCUCAUCCUGAUGGCUGUCGUUUACAGGCUGCUAUCGGGUGAUUAUGGCGUCGUCCCCAACACGCCCGAAUCUUGGCGGUUUGCACAUAGUGAUCUGAUUCCGGCCGUUGGCAUAAUGGCGUUCGCGUUCAUGUGCCACCACAACACCUUCCUUGUGUACCAAUCGAUGCAGAACGCGACCAUGGAGCGCUGGGAGAAAGUGACACACAUUUCCGUUGGGUUCGCCUGGCUCGUCGCGGCCCUGUUCGGUAUCGCCGGCUACUGCACCUUUCGCGCGCUCUCGCAAGGCGAUCUACUGGAGAAUUAUUGUUGGGAUGACGAUCUGAUGAACUUUGCCCGUGUGCUCUUUUCCAUUUCGAUUCUACUCACGUUCCCGAUCGAAUGUUUCGUGUCGCGGGAAAUCGUUCGUACGCAGAUCAAGCGUUUCUACUCGCACGAAGUCAUUGAGUACGAUACGGACAAGGAUCCUAGUCACGUCACCGGCGAGGAAGAUGAUCGUAAAUCGAUGAUCACCACACUGGUUAUCGUGUUUACCGCAUUUAUCAUUUCGCCCUACACGGAGUGUCUCGGGCCGGUUCUGGAACUCAACGGUCUCCUCGCAGCCAUCCCGCUAGCAUACAUUCUUCCCGGAUUGGCCUACAUUCAGCUGAGCCCGCACUCGUUGUUCAGCCAGGAGAAGCUUCCCGCCGCCGGUUUGGUGCUGUUUGGAACAAUUGUCACUAUUUCCGGGGCGGCCAUUUUGAUGCCAAAUUUAAUCGGAGACUGCCGGACGGGCAUCAUCAUGGGAUACUGCAAGGAUGACGAGCUGGCCCUCAACGGAACGUCCUUCAUAGCGUCCACCGUGGAGCCGAACUGUGCAACGGACAAGAUUUAA